AUGAAAUCAGAGCGACACUGCAAUACCAGCUCCCGACCUCACGCUCCACAGCCUAUUCUCCCAACGCCGCAACCCCAAUUCGAACCAAUUGAUACCGCAAACAUGCGAAGGACAUUUCGCCUGCUCGCGGGCGUCAAGCCUGUUCGUUACCUAGAGCCCGGUACUCCUACGGGCCUAACUGGCCUUUGGACGCACAACAGCCCUCGGUCGACCUUGCUGUACCUGUACGGCAACACCCUCGAGAAGCUCAAGGCUGUACCCGAGUCGUCCCUGUAUCGCCAAUCCGUCGAAUCUCUUACCAAGCACCGCCUCGCCCUCGUCGAAAGCACCGUACCUCCCGGCUACCAGGAGUGGGAGAAGAAGGCCGAGCAGAUUGUCAAGGAGAAACCCGAACAAUUCCGUCUUGUCAGCGGUCGUGUCGAUGGCAGCGGUGCUCGUACUGUCAGGCUCGGCAACAGAACGUUCGUUGUCGGCAAGCAGCACGAGUCUCAGGAUAUCCGUGUUGAGGAAUGGGAUGGCGAGAAAGAUGAGGGUGGCACUUUGGAAGGCCCUCGCAGUGAACAGGAGCGUCAGGACCACAAGCUUCUUGCUGAACGCAAGGACUUGAAUGACGUGGCCAAGGUGCAGUGGGAGCCCGAGCCACAACUGACGGCUGACCAGAUUUCCGAGUUAGAGACCAAGAUUGGAGCAGGCCUCAUUGAGGAGGUAAUUCAAGUUGCCGAGGGUGAACUGAAGCUCGUGGACACAAUGAUCCAAGCCAAGGUUUGGGAAGAUUUGGAAGAAAAGCCAGUUGACGGCCAAUGGACCUACUUUGAGCGGAAAUCGUCGUAA